AUGAAGUUUUGUGAGUUGAACAAAAUUGUUAACAGGCAAACAGAAGUGAAAAUAAAAGAAAAAGUUGAAGAUGCAAAAGAAAGUCAAAUAAUUGGUGUGUUAAUAAAUGAUGUUCUCAAUAAACGAUUGGAGAGUUUAAAAGAGUUUUCUCAACAAAACAAAUCAAAGGCUGAAAUCUCAAUCAAAAUAUAA